AUGAAGGGCAUUGCGGAUCUCCUUGACUCUGACACGGAGAAGGCGGCGCCUUUUAUUGAUGAAAAUUCGAUUCUCUCCUCCGCCUCUGACGCGACCGACGCCACUGCCGCGAAAACAACGCAGGUAAAACGAGGCAAAAAAAGACACCGCGUCACGGUACCCUCAAAAGCAAAGUCGAAAGUGCAGAAGAGUGCUCCUUCGGAAGUGAAGAAGACCUCUUCCAGGCAGACUGCCGGCGUAAAGCGAAAGGCGGGUGAAGAUCACUCAAAUGACCAAGAUUCCAACGGCAACCAGGACGAGACGCUCAGAGAAUCCGAAGCCGAGACACAAACGGUUGCGCCGAAGGCUAAGAGAGGGAGGCGCGCCGAUGAAAAAGCAGCAGCAGCUCCCGAAGCUGUUGAGACGCAUGAGAAUGAAGAUGGUUUAAGGGAGGUAGAAGUGCCACCUGUCGCAGCACGUCCGAAACACGCCGCAAGUCGAACAAAGAAGGAAGCUUCAAAAGCCUCCACCAAAGCGACCGCUUCCACCAAGUCGAAGGCGGCCUCACACUCUCAAUCUACUGCCCCGGAGCCGCAGCAUGAGGAGACUGAGGAGUCAAGUGGAGAAUUGGAGGCGCCAAAAGGCAGACCGAUUGCGCGAGAUACAUCUAGAACAAGGCAGGAUCCGCCUUACCGACGACGGGCAGGAAGCGCAUCCGACACUGAACGAGGUGAUCCUAAUCUUCGACGUAAACUAGGGGAUAUCACUCGCAAAUUCGAGAAUGUGGAUUUGAAAUACCGCAAUCUCAGAGAAGUGGGCAUCAACGAGGCGAAUGCGAACAUGGAGAAGCUACGCAAGCAAUGUGAUGCCGCGAUGCAAGCGUCAAAUGACCUGGUUGCAUCUCUCAGGAAGGAGCUGGCUACCCACGCUCCUCUGGCGCACGAGGCGCGCAAGCUUCGUAAACAGAUGCAGACCCAGGAAGCAGAGAUGGAAAGGAUGCGCGAAACGACCUUGCAGCUCUCAACACAUCUCGCUGACGCCCAAAACGAGAUCAAAGGACUACAAGCCAAGUUAGUGGCAGCACGAGCAUCAUCGGUUGACAAUCCAAAGCCUCCUAGCAGCGCGAUGAAGAGUACUGCACAACGCCAAUUGGCAGGGGAAGCUGCACAGGCCGCCCAAGUUGCACAGAUGAAGGAGGAUCUAUACAGCGACCUUACGGGACUCGUUAUUCUCAACGUGAAGAAGACUGAAGAGGGCGAUACAUACGAAUGCAUUCAGACCGGUCGUAACGGGACUCUACAUUUCAGGUUGUUCAUCGAUCAGGAAAUGGCAAAAGGCACGAGUUUCGAGGAAACGGAAUACCUGUACACGCCGCUUCUGGAUCGUGACAGGGACCACGGGAUGAUGAAACUGAUGCCCAGCUAUCUGACUGAGGACAUCACUUUCGCUCGACACAACGCAGCUAAAUUCUAUGGCAGGGUCGUGGAUACCAUCACCAAGAAAAGAGGCGACGAAUGA